CAAAUAGAAAAUAAUCAUAACCAAAUUUUGCGUUUCUUUUUUUUUUUUUAAUUUUUUUAAUAUCUGGGUAUAUCCCCUCUUCUUCGUCAUCUUCGAGUUUCUAGUUAUCAUUUUGCCCUCGUUCUUCAAUCUUCCUUAAAGUUGGCAACGUCUUUUUCUUCUUGGGUUUCUCGUAUCCUCCUGCUUCGAUUUCAGGUUUUGUUCUUAUUCAAAUUGCCUUUUUGUUAUUUGCAAAUGCUGACUGCUAGUGUUAUUGCCCCCUUGCCGCCUCUAUUAUCUCCUGGAAGUCAAUUGAAGUCACGAACUAAGGGCAGUACCUGUGGUGCUACGGUCAGGAUUUCUACGCGAAUCAAGACAAUAGGCCUUAGCUUACAAUCACAACCAAUUGUUGGAAGAAGUAGAAAGCAAUCUUUAUCUGUUAUAUGUGCUGCUGCUGCUUUGAAUGCAACUUGCAGUGCAUCGGGCCAAACUCAAACCAUUACUCGUGAGGCACCAACAAUAACCCAAGCUCCUGUCCAUGACAAGGAGAAAUCACCACAACUAGAUGAUGGUGACUCUGGAUUUCCUCCCCGUGAUGAUGAUGGUGGUGGAGGUGGCGGGGGAGGCGGUGGUGGCAACUGGUCUGGUGGAUUCUUCCUUUUUGGAUUUCUUGCAUUUCUAGGCUUCUUAAACGAUAAAGAAAGUGAUGAAGAUUACCAGGAAAAUCGAAGAAGAUGAGAGAACUAUGCAAAUUGAUAUAAUAUUUUUGGAACCUAUUGCAUAUUGUUCUUGAUGCUGUAUUCUUUUUGACAACUAGUAACCGUGAUUGAUCUUAAAAUAGAAGCUGAUGGUAGCGUAAAAAUUGUACCCACUCGUUCUUUCUUUUCUUUUAAGUCUUAAUAUGGCAGUAGAUCUGGCUUUUAUAUUAGCAGUAUACUCAUGCUGUCUCUCCAUAAAUUCCCAUGUGCUAUUUAUCUUUUAUCAGAGUUAUAAUUCUCCUCCA